AUGUAUAGGUGGGGCGAUCGGCGAACGGGAUCUGUCGGCCCGUUGGUGACGGAAGUGGAGGACGGUGGAGACGAAAUUGGCGAAAACAGGCUUGGUGAGGUUGGCGAUGGUUGGCGGCGGCGGACGAAACUCCUUGGUCUCGACUCCGGCGAUGGGAUGCGGAGGCGCGACGCGGGCUGCAUAAUCACGGUGGCGGACUCUGCUGCUGAGAAGACGACGAGAGAGAAAUUGAGGGAAAGAGAAAAGGCGUUGAGGAGGGGGGAGAGAGAGAGGAGAGAGAGAAGGUGGGUUGAACGUCACGUCCUUGACUCUACUUUCUACUCCGGCUACAAAGCCAACUAA